AUGGCGCUGACUCCGCGAGCAGAGGGGAACUGCCCCAACGCGUACGCGUACGCGUUCGACGAAUCGAGCGGCACGGCUCUGUGGACGUGCGACUCCGGCCUGAACGCCGACUACACCCUCACUUUCUGCCCCGUCAACUCGCCGCUCGUUCCACGCAGGUCGACCAACGCAGUGAUCAAUCCUAGCGCAAGCGGCAGUAGCACUCCAAGUGGAGCGUCCGGCUCGGGCGCAACAGUCAGCCCUUCAGAUGCAGCGCGACCCGGCAACGACGCAACGAGGCAAACGCUAGCGUUGCCGUGGUUGUGCGCCGUCGGAGUGAUCAUACUCGGCCUGGUUGCAUUCUGA